CCAGCUGAUAUGAAUGUCACAAGGACUGAACCUCUGGUGUUGAACUGCAGUGCUAACGGAUUCCCACGUCCAGAGAUAGUGUGGCUCCACAACGAAACUGCACUGGAGACACCAGUGGAAUCAUUAUAACCGAGACCUUCUCUGAUGAAGUUGAUAUCACUAGCACGCUCUCAGUCAUGAGCACUUCCUUCAACAACUCGGGCAACUAUACUUGUGUAGCAAGGAGCUCUGUUUUUGAUGAUGUAAUGAGUAGACUGGCUCUGGUGCUAAUCCAAGUUCCCAUUGGUUCACCUGUUGGAAUUACCAGCACAAGUAUGACAUCCACCACUCUGACUGAUCUGGAGGAAAAUGUGGAGUACAAUAUUAGCUUCAGGACCUGCACUAGUGUAGUGACAGUGUUGUGGAAAGAACAGAUGAAGAUGCGCCUGACAUGAAGCUAAAUGCAACAGCCACCGCUAUAUCUGAAACAGA